AUGACGGCCGAUAAGAAGUCGAGUUGGCGGUGUAUUUCAUGCCGUCAAUGUGAUAGUAGCGAUGUACUGGCAGACUUAGUAAAGGAAGUGAAAGGAUUUAAAUCUCAAUUCAAUAAAAUGCAGGAAGGAUUGGACCAGGCUAACCAGGGUAUCACAAAUAUUGAGGGCAAGCUCGGUAUGCUUGAAACCAGAUUGGAUGACCUCACUACGAGGCUUACUCUGGCAGAAGCCAAGGUCGACCGCCUCCCGGCAGUUGAGUCCAGUUUGAAGAGUCUUGAAUCGGAGCUGGCCGCCUUAAAAGUAAAUGAGAGUGGCCGGGAGCAGUUCGGUAGGCUUAAUAACAUCGAAAUCAGUGGUGUUCCGCAGACGAAUGGGGAGAACUUAAUGUCCAUCUUAGGCGGCAUCUGUGUCACGGUCGGUUUCAAUCUAUGUGAAACUGACGUCGACACCAUACAUCGCGUGCGCCGCUUCCAGUCGUCGUUAAGCAGUAAGGAGAAUGCGGACUCAAGGCCUCCUGCGAUCAUAGUUCGUUUCUGUCAGCGGAGGCGCAAGGACGAGCUGGUGGCGGCGGCGCGCGCGCGCCGCGGCCUCACCAGCGCCGACGCCGGCCUCACUGGGCCUGCGGUCGCCAUUUAUCUUAAUGAACACCUAACAACCGGCAAUAAGAUAUUACUGAGGAAGGCUCGUGAUAAGAAGGUUGAGCUGAAUUACGAUUAUCUCUGGGUAAAACAAUGUAAAAUCUUUAUGCGCAAAAAUGACAAAUCAAGAGUGUUCGUCAUUACUGACGACACCGACCUGAAAAAGUUAAAGUGA